GUUCGUUUUUUAUCUUCUGUAGAGCCACUUUGAUAAUAUCGCGUGGAAGUACGUUAUGAUAGUUUGUCAGCUUGCAAGCCGUCCCCAAAUGGUGGGGCCGCCCUGCGAUAUACAUACACAUGAAGCAAAUGAAUAUUAAAUGGUGGUUCGGUCUCUGUAAGUAAUAUCAAACAUCCAUCUCAUUUAUCCUCCUCUCUGUAGUAGCUUACUCCAACUCCAAUUUCACGCCGUCAAAAUGUCAGCCGAUAGCUCCAACUUCACUACGACCACGCACCGUGCGCCGUAUGCAGGCAUAUCUCCAUCACGUCCUGAGCUGUCUCAGAGAGGAAAGGUCGUCCUCAUUACUGGAAGUUCUGGCGGCAUUGGCUUUGCCAUUGCACGGAGCUUCGCCAAAGCUGGCGCCGCUAAAGUUAUCAUGACUGGCCGGCGCCAAGGACUGCUCGACGAAGCCGUCACCACCCUGAGCGUUCAGUUUCCAAAAACAAGCUUCGUCGCCCAUCAGAUCGACAUUGCCAAAACAGCCGACGUGGAGAAAAUCUGGAAUCAAUUUGAUGUUGAAGGCCUAGUCGUUGAUGUCUUGGUCCUUAACGCAGCUCGCAUUCAACACGUAGGGUCCCUUGUCGAUAUCGGGUACAGGGAAGUAUGGGCGGACUUUACCACGAAUGUCGGUUCACACAUGGUAUUUACCGACCUUUUCUACCAUCAGAAGAAAAGACAUUCAAGCAAGAGAUUGUUCCUUGUGAACGUGUCUACCUGCGCCAUUCACGAUUUCGAGAUCGCAGCUCAACGUCCAAACUAUUCAGCAUCAAAGAGUGCUGGAACGAUCUUGCUUCAGCAGGUGGCCAAAGGUAUUUCGGCAGACGAUAUGCAAGUAGUUAGUUUUCAUCCUGGAGCUAUCUUUACCUCUGCAGCGAAGGAUGCCGGGUACAACGAGACUACCAUGAAAUGGGAUGAUGAGGAUCUCCCUGGACAUUAUGCAGUAUGGGCUGCAUCUAAUCAGGCCCGAUUCUUGCAUGGACGCUUCACUUGGGCAGCAUGGGAUGUUGAAGAGCUCUCUAGUGGUGAGAAGAGGGCUCGUAUCGACAGAGAUGCCAACUUUCUCAAGGUGGGGGUCGUCGGUCUUUAAGAAUAUCUUACUCAACAUGUCAUUUAUGCUUAGCAGGCAGCCCUAACUACAAGAAAUAAAAG